GAAUUCUUAAAGAAUUUGGUUUUAGUUGUCAUUUGUUUGUUAUUUGAUGCUUGGUAAGUAUUCCAUUACUAAUAAGAAAUGAGGUUUCGCGCUAAAGUUGUCAACAUCGAUUGUAUCCAUCACUUUACAAAUGUUGUGAAUACCAUCAGCAAGCUAUUAAAGAAAUGUUCUAUUCGAUUAACAAAGGAAAAGAUGUUUUUCAUUCUUCCUGAUCAAGUCGCAAAUGGUGGAGUUAGCAUGUGGUGUGAAUUGAAACAGGCGAAUUUUUUUGACGAAUACCGAAUGGAUGGUGUGAAUGAAUACGAGUUAAAUGAAAUUUAUUUGGAAAUUGUUGCUGAAAAUUUAUGUCGUGCAAUAAAGUCUGCGAAUAAUGCAAAGUCUUUGAAAAUUAAGCUCACCAAAAAGCAAGUUCCCUGUCUCACUGUGGAAAUCGAGUUGCCAUCAUUAUCCAGCACUGCACGGAUUGUGACGCAUGACAUUCCUGUAUCCGUUAUUCCCAGUAGUCUGUGGGGUGAAUACCAAGAACCAGAGAUGCCAGACUUUCAUGUCAGUUUAUGUUUACCGCCUCUAAAAACUGUGAAACACAUUGUUGAAAGAUUGAAGAAUCUAAGUAGUUACCUCACUUUGUCUGGAAACCAAGAAGGAGAUUUUGCUUUGAAAGUUGAAACUGAACUCGUUUCUGCAACAACCAGGUUCAGCGAUCUUGAAAUCCCUCCCUAUGAUCCAGAUGGGGACUCCCAAGCUCCAUCAAAGUUGUGGCCACCAAGUGAGAUGGCAUCGGCACGAAUUGAUGUCAAGAAAUUGUUACAGUUCCUAGCAGGCCAACAGAUCAACCCAUACAAAGUGAUUUGCAAUAUAGUGGAUCAGUCCGCUGUACACUUCUUCCUUGUACAUGACGACAUUUCGUUGCAAUAUUUUAUCCCAGUAGUUGCAGUGUAACUCAAAAAGCAUGAAGUUUUUUAUUUGUUUUUUUAUUGUUCUGUCUGGUUUCUAAUUUUUUUAUCUGUGGUUUACUGGUUUAAAUAACAAGCGUGUGGAUUUACUGUAAUUGUUAAUAAAUUAAUAAGCUUAUACAUUGA